AUGCCGGGCUUCCCUAAGCUCUCCCUCGUGGAAGGCGCAUUCGAAGAGCUUGGCCUCGAGCUCGCUGCAUACCUCGAUACCGCAAAAGGCGAGAGCUCGAACCUCGUUGCAGAGAUCACGCCCCUCCUCGCAGACCCAGAGAAGUCGGACAGGCCGAAAGAGACAGACCGCGAUGCCGUGCUUAAGAAGUUGGUGGGCGCAUGCUCUAUCCUGAACGGCGCACCAGAGAGAGAACUGCAGGCCGCAUACAACCUUCUCAUACAUCUCGUGUCGCAGGCCGAGGACCCAGACAUGUACAUUGCCCGCAUAUGCCAGUACCUCAAGUCACCCAUCACUUCUUCACCACACAACGGCGCUGGCAUUGCGCUUGGCAUAUUGAGCACACUCUACAACACCGUCGAGCCAGAUGACUCCACCCGGUUCAACGUACUGCUUGCGAUCGUGGAGGUGAUCAAGGGCACUGGAAACUUCGAGACAUUUGAGCCACAACUCAAGAAUGUGGACAGCUGGAUUCAGGAGUGGGAGUUGGAGGCAAAGGAGGCACGCAGUCUGUAUCUGUCAAUCUCCGAUGCCGCAGCAGCUGCCAAGGAGCCAGAGCAGAGCUACUUCUACCUCCUGAAGGCUCUCAAGACCACCCAGAAUGAGGCCUCAUCUCCAGAAGCUCGUGACCUUUCCAUUCGUGCACUCAAGCUUGCUCUCCAGAACGACAAGCACUUCGACUUCCAGGACCUCACAGCACUCGACAGCAUCCAGUCGCUGCGAAAGUCCGACCAGGUCUGGUCCGAGCUCCUCGAGAUCUUCAGCGCACAGAACUACGAUGACUUUGCCGACUUCAAGGAGGCCAACAAUGACUUCCUCUCCACCAAGGAUCUCGAUGAGGAUGUGCUCGACAAGAAGAUGCGCCAACUUACCCUCGCAUCUCUUGCAGCACAAGCAUCUUCCACACGCACCCUCCCAUACGGCCGCAUCGCAAAGGAGCUCAACAUCCCCACCGAGGACGUGGAAAUGUGGGUCAUCGACAGCAUCCGCAGCGGACUCGUCGAGGGCAAACUCAGCCAAGCGAAGCAAGAGUUCCUCGUGCACCGCAGCACAUACCGCGUCUUCACCGACAACCAAUGGCGAGAAGUUGCCAGCCGACUAGAGACAUGGCGCAGCAGCCUGACGAACGUGCUGGCCGUCAUCCGUGCCCAAAAAGAGGAGUUCGUGCGCGAGAAGGAGGCUGAGUUGACCGGUUCAGGUGUUCAGAAUGGUCAGGGAUACCGACCUGAUAGGAGACAGCGCAAUGCACCUGAGCGCCAACAGCAGCAAUCGAUCGAGGUCGAGUAG